UCCGAUUCCGAUCAUCUUGUCAUACAGCUUAAGUUUUUGCAAUAAAUUCAAUUUAUUUCGUUUCUUUUAUUUCUACUUGUAGUAAUUCAUAUACAAAUAAAAGUGCUCAACAAACCAAGCUAGUGACUUGGUAGCACUCAAAAUCCGAGGCCCCAGGCUUCGGCCUGUGGUCACACAUCCAAAAACCAUAAAACAAACCGCAAAAACGCUUUAAAUUCUUCGUAGCAAUUCUCCCUUCGUUUAUAAUUUCACAAUAUUUUCUACCGCCGUUAAGAUGUCUCAGUGGAACAACUCGUACGCUUACAACCAGGAUUACCAGGGCUCCAACACCUGGAACGGUGAAUUAGGCAAUCAAUAUUCAAAUCAACAGUACUAUCCCACCUCACAACCUACUUACGAGCAACCAAACCAGUAUGUAAACUUUCAAGAGUUUCUCUCUCAAAUGCAAGGCGGUAACGCCGCUGCUUCCAAUUCUGCUUCAUACAGCAACAAUCAGUAUCAAAACUACCCUAGCAACCAGUAUGAAUACCAAAACAUGCCUUCAACAUCUCAAAAUCACACUCAAAAUUACUUUUCAUCAUCCACUGCUGUUAAUGGAACAGAUUUCCAAACAUCACAUAACCAAAUGCAUGUAACAGAACCUAGUUAUAACAAUCAAAUGGUAUUCAAAUCAAACCUCACCGCAACAGCAACAGAAUUUGUGCCAAAGGGAACUCCAAAACCACCAAGUCCUCCAGAAGACUCUUCCAAUUACAAUGGAGUGUCAGAAAAUAAGAAAAGCACUGCUGGAAACUGGAGAGAAAAGUCUUCCCAGCCAAGUAGUUCCCGUAGCUAUAAUGAACCUCGGAAUGAUCCCGAAUCAAAGAAGAGACCAGAAAAAGACCGCAGGCGGCGUAAUGAAGGUCGUAACAAUAAUUUAAGUAGUCAAAAUGAACCUAAUAGUCAAUACAAUGAGCUUAAUAGUCAAAAUGAUGCUGAUGGUGGUGAAUAUGAAUCAAAUACUUAUAGUUAUGACUCUAAUAAACAUAGUGCUGAGUAUAGCAAUCGAAACUAUGAAGGCAGUAGUCGAAAAUAUGAAUCAAAUAAAAGCAGUCGUAAAAACGAGUCUAGCCGUAACUUUGAGAGCAGCCACAACUAUGAUUCCAAGAGUUACAGCAAUGAAGCGAGCAGUCGAAAUAAUGAUACUGAGCGUAAACAUGAUUCUCAAGACCGUAACCAAUCAAGUAGGAAUACUGAUUCUGAUUCACAGCAUUACGACAACAGCGGUCGCAACUACGAUAGCCGUUACGACUCAAAGAAACGCUAUGAAUACAAUAAUCGUAAUUAUGACUCCGGGAAUCGUGACAGAGAGGGCAACAGUCGUAACUAUGAUUCAAAUAGUCGGAAUUACGAUUCCAACAGUAGGAGCGAGAGUAAUCGCGGCGGCGACACAGGCCGCUCCGACUACAAUCGCCGCGACACUGACUACAAUAGUCGUAAUAACGACUACAAUCAAGAUCGCGAAUAUGGUCGUAACCAGGAAUAUAAUAGUCGUGACUACGGCCGCGGCUACGACUCUCGUUACGAUAGAGGAAAUAAAAAGACUAAGAGUAAAGAAGCUGAUAAUAGAACAUACUACAAUAGCACAGCUAAAAGUAGUCAGGACGUUAGAAGUACGAGGGUAGAGCGAGGAGAAGGUUCCGGCAGGAGCAGAAACUGGCCUGGAAGCCAGCGUGUUAGACCGGUGGAAAGAGCUGAUGAUGAGCAGUUUGCUAAAGGAUAUCUGGAUAACCGGGAAGAUCGGUAUGCCAAAGGCUCGAGAUCGGAAACCAAUUUUAGUCCUAUGAGGAACAGGAAUAAGCAAGUAGAUCAUGGAGGGAAUGCAGACUUGACCCAAAGGGAGCGUCUCUCGGAGCAACUGGACAAGGGAACUCUGGAAUGCCUGGUGUGCUGCGAGCGAGUGAAGCAGAUAGACCCGGUGUGGUCCUGCGGGAACUGCUACCAUGUGCUGCAUCUCCGCUGCAUCAGGAAGUGGGCCAUGAGCAGCAUCAUAGAGGGCAAAUGGCGCUGCCCCGCCUGUCAAAACACCAGCUCGGAGCUUCCUUCAGAUUACCGCUGCAUGUGCGGGGCCGUACGAAGCCCGGACUACCAGCGCGGGCAGCAUGGGGCCCACACCUGCGGACAGACAUGUCAGCGACCGCGCUCCUGUCCUCAUCCGUGCACGCUGCCGUGCCACCCCGGACCCUGCCCACCUUGCCAAGCCACAGUAUCCAAGCAAUGCGGCUGCGGCGCUGAAACCCGCUCCGUUCUCUGCAGCAGCAAGUUACCGCAAGUUUGCGGUCGAAAGUGUUCGCGCAAACUCGAAUGCGGAGUACAUUCGUGUGAGAAAGAGUGCCACGAAGGCCCGUGUGAUGCUUGCGAAGCCUCCGUAGAGCAAGUGUGCUACUGCCUGGCGGCGAAGACUCGGUCCGUCCCGUGCACAGCAGCCACCGGGUCAUCCGCGACUUGGUCGUGCGGCGCGGCGUGCGCGCGCGUGCUGCCGUGCGGCGCGCACGUGUGCCGCGCGCCCUGCCACCCGCCGCCCUGCCAGCCCUGCGCGCUGUUGCCAGCUAGCGUGCUGACGUGCCCCUGCGGCCGGACCAAGCUACCCAAAGACAAGCGCAAGUCCUGCACGGACCCGAUCCCGCUGUGCGGCAAUAUUUGCGCCAAGCCGCUCCCCUGCGGCCCGGAGGGGGACAAGCACUUCUGCAAGCUAGAGUGCCAUGAAGGUGCCUGCCCAACCUGUCCGGAUAAGACGCUGCUGCCGUGUCGCUGCGGCCACUCCAGUCGCGAGGUGCCUUGCUCCGAGCUACCGCAAAUGCUGGACAAUGUGUUCUGUCAGAAAAAGUGCAAUAAGAAACUGUCCUGCGGCCGGCACCGGUGCCGCGACUGCUGCUGCGCGGCGAGCACGCACCGCUGCGGCGUCGUGUGCGGCCGCACGCUGGCGUGCCAGCUGCACCGCUGCGAGCAGUUCUGCCACACCGGCCACUGCCCGCCCUGCACGCGCGCCAGUUUUGAAGAGUUAAGCUGCGAAUGCGGUGCCGAAGUGAUCCUCCCCCCGGUGCCUUGCGGUGCUAAACGUCCCGCCUGCAGCGCGCCCUGCCGCCGCCCCCGCGACUGCGGACACCCGGCGCUGCACGCCUGCCACUCCGGCCCGUGUCCGCCGUGCGUGGUGCUCACGGCCAAACGUUGCCACGGGCAACACGAGGAACGCAAGACGAUCCCGUGUUCACAAGAAGAGUUCUCAUGCGGGCUGCCAUGCGGCAAACCGCUACCGUGCGGUAAGCACACCUGCCAAAAGACGUGCCACAAAGGCCCUUGCGACGGCCGGUGCACGCAACCGUGCAACGAGAAGCGUCCGAGCUGCGGGCACCCGUGCGCCGCGCCGUGCCACUCGGGCGACAGCGACAAGGAUAAAGGCGACAAGCCCGACAAGCCCGCCUGCCCGUCCAGCGCGCCGUGCCGCAAGCUCGUCAAGGCCACCUGCCCGUGCGGCCGCCGCGCCGCCGAGCGCUCCUGCCACGACAACGCGAGAGACCUAGCCAAAAUAAUGAGUGCGCUGGCCGCAUCGAAGAUGCAGGAAGGCGGUUCAGUAGAUUUGUCAGAAGUUCAGCGUCCCGCCUCCAUGCUCAAAACUUUGGAAUGCGACGACGAAUGUCGCGUGGAAGCCCGCACGCGUCGCCUCGCUCUCGCCCUGCAGAUCCGCAACCCCGACGUCUCCGCGAAGCUGCAACCCCGCUAUAGCGAGCAUGUUCGCGCGCUCGCCGCUCGCGAGCCGGCCUUCGCGAGACAAGUGCACGACAAGCUCACUGAACUCGUGCAGCUCGCUAAGAAGUCGAAACAGAAGACACGCGCGCACUCGUUCCCGUCAUGCAAUUGGCAGAAGCGUCAGUUCAUCCACGAGAUGUGCGAGCAGUUCGGCUGCGAGUCUGUCGCGUACGACGCGGAGCCGAAUCGGAACGUCGUCGCUACUGCUGACAAGGAGAAGUCGUGGCUGCCAGCUAUGAGUGUGUUGGAGGUGCUCGCUAGAGAGAACGGCAAGCGGCGCGUCCCGGGCCCCGUCCUGCGCGCGCCGACGGCGCCCGCCCCCGCAGCCGCCAGCGCCGCCAACAAGUCUGGCAGUGGCUGGGCGACGCUAACCUCAACCAACGCGUGGGCGGCGCGCGCGCAGAAGGCCGAACAACAACAGCAAGCCAAGCCCAAGAUAGACUACUUCGACAACCCGCCCGACAACUAACCAGCAACCACUCAGGCUUUGAAAUAUUCCUAUGCAUUCUAUUUUUUUUUAUUUUUUUUUUUUUUA